GUGCGCUGUGGAUCACCGAUCAACGGAAAGAGCCGAAGAUGUCGGCUCGGUCAUGUGAUCAGCUGUGUCCAAUCACAGCUGAUCACAUCAGUGCCACCUGUCAGUGUCCAUCAGUCCCAGCUGUCAGUGCUCAUCCAUGCCACCUGCCAGUGCCCAUCAGUGCCCAUCUGAGCUGCCUUUCAGUGUCACCCAUCAGUGCCAGUCAGUGCCACAUAUCAAUGCCAGUCAGUGCUGCCAAUCAGUGUCACCUAUCAGUGCCAGUCAGUGCUGCCAAUCAGUGCCACAUAUCAGUGCCAGUCAGUGCCGUCUAUCAGUGUGCAUCAGUGCCGCCUAUC